GCAGCAAAGCGUCACUUCAGCGGAUGAGCUCCGAGUAAAAGUCACGUGAUUGCUGUUGGCACGUGACAGUGUGACCAGAACAUCAACAUGUCUGCAGCAGCACAAGCCGUGUACUGGCUGGGGAACGAGACCCUCAGGGUUUCGGCUGCUCUGUUCGCAGAGAACCGCCGGCGUCUGUGCAGCGGACUGAAGAACAAAGAUGGCGUCUUGCCUCGGUCUGUGGUGGUGCUGCAGGGGGGGGAGCAGAAACAGAGGUUCUGCACCGACACCGACCUGCUCUUCAGACAGGAGUCUUUCUUCCACUGGGCUUUUGGAGUAACCGAGCCUGACUGUUUUGGAGCCAUUGAUGUGGACUCUGGGAAAUCCAUCCUUUUUGUUCCCAAACUGCCUGAGAGCUACGCCACUUGGAUGGGAGAGAUCUUUCCCAAAGAGCACUUCAAGGAGAAGUAUGCUGUUGAUGAGGUGCAAUACGUCUGUGAUAUUGUUGAUGUCCUGACCAACCUGAGACCUGCGCUGCUGCUCACUCUGCGAGGUCAGAACACCGACAGCGGGAGCAUCUGCCGUGAAGCCUCCUUUGAAGGAAUCAGUGGCUUCCAAGUGAACAACACUCUGUUGCACCCGGUCAUUGUGGAAUGCCGUCUCACUAAGACUGACAUGGAGCUGGAGGUGCUGCGAUACACCAACAAGAUCUCCAGCGAAGCCCAUAAAAUGAUCAUGAAGCAUGUGAAACCUGGAAUGAAGGAAUAUGAGAUGGAGAGCUUGUUCCAGCACUACUGCUACACCAAGGGAGGGAUGCGUCACACCUCGUACACCUGCAUCUGUGGAACGGGCAACAACUCGUCCAUCCUGCACUACGGCCACGCGGGAGCUCCCAAUGAAAAGACUAUCGUGGAUGGAGACAUGUGCCUGUUUGAUAUGGGUGGAGAGUACUACUGCUACUCCUCGGACAUCACCUGCUCCUUCCCGGCUAACGGCAGGUUCACCUCGGACCAGAGGAACAUCUACGAAGCCGUGCUCAAAUCCUCCAGAGCCGUCAUGGCCGCCAUCAAACCAGGAGUGAAGUGGACCGAGAUGCACCGCCUGGCGGACCGCGUCCAACUGGAGGAGCUGCUGAGGCUCGGGCUGCUGAGCGGCAGCGUGGACGCCAUGAUGGAGGUCCACCUGGGGGCCGUCUUCAUGCCCCACGGCCUGGGACACCUGCUGGGCAUCGACGUGCACGAUGUGGGGGGGUACCCUGAGGGGACGGAGCGUGUGAACGAGCCCGGGCUGAAGAGUCUCCGGAUGGGCCGCCUGGUGCAGGAGAGGAUGGUCCUCACGGUGGAGCCGGGCAUCUACUUCAUCAACCACCUGCUGGAUCAGGCGCUAAGCAACCCGAAACAGAGCUGCUUCAUCAACGGCGCCGUGCUGCAGCGCUUCAGGGGCUUCGGAGGGGUGCGUAUCGAGGACGACAUCGCGGUGACAGCUGACGGCAUCGAGCUGCUGACGUGCGUCCCUCGCACUGUGGAGGAGAUCGAGGCGUUCAUGGCCGACUCCGAAAAAACCUUCAGCCCCGUCGUCAGCAGCCAGAAAGUCUGAGUGGAGCCUCGAAAUAAAUAGAUUCCUGCUGCAAAGUCCUGAUUUACUGCAGAAACACACAAGCAUAUCCUUCAGUUAACAUGAAGUAAUUACUCUCAUUUCUCACGUGUGCAACAGACACACAAUCAAGAUUUUGUACUAAGCGUUAGAAUAAGCAUGUUGUAAUAAUGAAAUGUAAUCUAAGCAGUAUCUUUUUUUAUAAGCUUUCAGAAACUGCUAACUUUAAAGGGACAAACAAUACAUUAAAAGUGUUCAUUUCGGUGCUGCCUUAAUUUUUUAAUAUGGUUAUUCUUAUAUUUCUCUCUUUGUACCCGUUCACAAAAUGCCGUGAAAUCAAUUUGAAUAAACAUUUUAUUUGCAACUGUG